GGGGUAGAGAGAAGGGAAACGGCUAAUUUAAUCGCAGGAAUUGACCCCUUCCCCCCGUCCCCGCCCGCUAUAUUAAUAGACCCCAUACUGGAAACGCAAGCAUUGAGCCUUCCCCGCUUCGCUUCCAUCCCUCCUCUCCGCAUACGAAACGGAAGAGAGCAGAGCAGACGUCUUUGUUCGCUUCGCUGAAACAACCCAAAACUCUUCUGUGCUCUGUUUUCUUAUCGCUCAGCUUCUUCCGAUAGGUAGAGCUCGUGGUAGAGCCUCUGAAUUCCGGUGGCUGACGACUCCGCGAUGUGCAGCACGACCACCACAGCCGCCGGCGCCGUGUCCGUCUCCAUGGCCUCCCCCCACGAAAAGAAUCCCCUGCUCCCUCCGGGCCAUAUUUAUCUCACCCUCGUUCCUGUCUCCAAACCAUCCAGUCAUAGCAAUAAAUCACCCGCUCUCGAGGCCCCACAGAAGCCAACCAUCACCCAGAAGUCGCUGCUUCCCUUGCCGUCGCCGUCGGAGACGCUGCAGGAGGCCGGCUCCCUCUUUCGCCUCUCCUUCCCCAUUGCGCUGAUGGCGCUACUCAUCUACUCCCGCUCCGUCCUGUCCAUGCUCUUCCUCGGGUCCCUCGGCGACCUUCCCCUCGCCGCCGGCUCCCUCGCCAUCGCCUUCGCCAACAUCACUGGCUACUCGGUGCUCUCCGGUCUGUCCCUCGGCAUGGAGCCACUCUGCUCCCAGGCCUUCGGCGCCAACCAGCCCCACCUCCUCGCGCUCACUUUCCACCGCUCCGUGCUCUUCCUCCUCUGCUCCUCCGUGCCCAUCGCGUUGCUUUGGUUCCACAUGUCCCGGAUUCUUCUAUUCCUCGGCCAGGAUCCCGAGAUCACCGCCCUCGCCCAGGCCUAUCUCCUCUUCGCCCUUCCGGACCUCCUCUCCUUCUCCCUCAUCCACCCCAUCCGGAUCUACCUGCGGUCCCAGGGCGUCACGCAGCCGCUCACGACCGCCGCAGCCUUCGCAGCUGCCGUCCACCUCCCCGCCAAUUAUCUCCUCGUCACCCACCUCCGCCUCGGCGCUCCCGGCGUCGCCGCCGCCGCCGCCGCCUCCAACCUCGCUCUCCUCCUCUGCCUCAUCCCCCACGCGCCCCGCGGGCCCACCGCCGCAUGCCUGACCGGGUGGGGCCCCCUCGCCCGCCUCGCCGCUCCCAGCUGCGUCUCCGUGUGCCUCGAGUGGUGGUGGUACGAGCUCAUGAUCCUCCUCUGCGGCCUCCUCCCGGAGCCCAGGCCUGCCGUCGCGUCCAUGGGCGUCCUCAUCCAGACCACCGCCCUCGUCUACGUCUUCCCCUCCUCCCUCGGCUUCGGAGUCUCCACGCGCGUCGGCAACGAGCUGGGCGCCAACCGCCCGGGGCGGGCGCGAGUGUCCGCCUCCGUGUCCGUGAUCGUCGCCGCCGUCAUGGGCCUCGCCGCCAUGUUCUUCACCGCCGGCGUGAGGGACCGCUGGGGACGGAUGUUCACCGACGACGGCGAGAUCCUGCGGCUGACGGCGGCGGCGCUGCCGGUGGUGGGGCUGUGCGAGCUCGGCAACUGCCCGCAGACGGUGGGAUGCGGAGUCCUGCGCGGGAGCGCGCGGCCAGCCCGGGCGGCCCACGUGAACCUGGGAGCGUUCUACCUGGUCGGGAUGCCCGUGGCGGUCGGGCUGGGCUUCUGGCUCGGGUUAGGCUUCGUCGGGCUAUGGAUGGGCCUCCUCGCGGCCCAAGUCUGCUGCGCGGGGCUAAUGCUGCACGCGGUGGGCACCACCGAUUGGGAAUCGCAGGCCCGGCGGGCCCAGAUGCUGACGUGCGCCGAGGCCGCCCCGCCACCGGUGCUGGAGGAGGUGAAGGUCGAGCCGGCUGCGGCGAAGCUGGUGGAGGAGGAAGAGGAGGUGGCCGCGAAGGGUGUGACGUGUUGCUAUGAACCGCUGAUCUCGAUCAAGGUGUGCGAUCUCGAGAGAUAGUAGUGUGGGGGUUGGAAAUGACAAUUUUGUCUGGAAUUUGGAAGGCGGAGAGAAAUUGAUGGACUAAAUCUAUUUUAAUCUCUAACUUUAUAACCGAAGAGAAGAACACAGUUUUUUUAGCAUCUUCUUCGUCGACAUCUCGAUGAGAAAUCUUACGUUGAUCUUUGUUCGAUGAACGAUUGUACUAAUAAUUCCAUCGGGGUGUAAACUGGGUGUGAAAUAUGUACAUUAUCACCUCAUGUUCAACGUGAUAUUUCUUUGCUUA